AGUGCUCCGCCUGGUGUUCUUCGGUGGCGGUGUCGCCUCCGCGUCGCUCUCGUCCGAUUCGAUUGAUGCUACGUCUCGAGAAGAUGGUCUAAUUUUUGGUCAAUUGGCUCCUUGGGUAAGUGAACCCCCUCGUUACCGGGAAUCGAAGACGCAAGGGUGCGAAGGAGGGAGAAGCAGCGAUUUUGAGGAAUCGGAAGCAGUUAUUGUGGCUCGGUAUCUGCCCUCUUUGCUUUUCGACGUUGCUCCUGGAACCACGUUACCGAUGGCGACCGAGAUGGUCAGUUUGGCAACAAGCGAGAAGCUAAAGGAGAUGGACUGGAUGAAAAACAUCGAGAUUUGUGAACUUGUUUCACGUGAUCCGGGGCAAGCAAAAGAUGUUAUCAGAACAAUUAAAAAGCGCUUGAAGAACAAAAAUGCUAAUACUCAGCUUUUCACUGUCAUGUUGUUAGAAAUGCUAAUGAAUAACUGCGGAGAACACAUUCAUAGACAAGUCAUUGAUAACGGGCUUCUGCUGAUUCUAGUGAAGAUAGUGAAGAAAAAGACUGAUUUGCCAGUUCGAGAAAGAAUAUUUCUUCUUUUGGAUGCUACACAGACAGCCCUUGGUGGGGCUUCUGGGAAAUUCCCUCAGUACUAUAAUGCAUACUAUGACCUGGUGUCUGCUGGGGUACAGUUUCCACAGCACCCUCAUGUUACCCCACCAACAGUACCUGCUUCAAAGACACAAGCAAAACCAUUGUCUGCUCAAGAAUCUCUCUUUCAAAGAUGUGAAAAUGGGGAAAGACAAGCAACUGCUCAGCUCAUACCUGACUCUAGUAUAAUACAUAAAGCAUCUAGUGUCUUGGAAGUUUUAAGGGAUGUUCUGAAUGCUUUGGAUCCUAAGCGACCUGAGGGAGCAACUGAUGAGUUUGUAUUAGAUCUUGUGGAACAAUGCUCAUUUCAGAAGCAGCGAGUCAUGCACCUCGUAAUAACCUCCCGGGAUGAGAAAGUGAUCACUCAAGCCAUUGAAUUGAACGAACAGCUAGAGAAGGUGCUCACCCACCAUGAUUCUCUACUUUCAGUUCAUGCUACUCCAACUUCUUGUAUUGAUGAACAAGCUGAAGAGGAAGAGGAUGCAGAAUGUCUUUAUCGAAGAAUAUGCAAAGGAAAAGCUUGUGCUGAAGAUCAGUCAGAGGGUUCGAUAAGUUCUUUUAGAUCAAUUCCAGAGGAAAAGAUGCGGAGGCCACUUAUAAGGCCACUCUGCAUAAAUUCAUCUGAUUCAGAUUGUAAACCAUUGGAUCCUGAGAGUAAGCAGUCUUCGCUUGUGUCAUUGCCACCUCCACCAGCCAGGCACACGGAGAGAGAAAAAUUCUUCAAGGAAAAGAGUAGGGAUGGCUCCGGCAUUGCAGGUCAUAUGAGGGGCCUAUCACUGGACAGCCGUAACGGUAGUAGCUCCCGAAGUGGCAGCACUGAUUGUAGCGAAAGAGAUGUAUUUGGUUUUCGAGACUCAUAUUAACAGCAGGAGGAUCUGCAUAAAUAUGGCAUCUGCUUCACUGUGCUAAUACAGAGAUUUGGAAUUUCUGUUUUCCUUUUCAUGAUUACCCCCCUUGGAGGUUCGAGGUGUUGACUAUUUGUCCUGGCUGACACAUUUGUUGCAGUGUCUCCAUUGUCUCUGGUUUGAACUAGUUGGAAUUGGUAGUGGUGUUAUGAAGAGGGGAAGAACAGAGUGGUUAUUGGUUGUGUUAACCAAUGCACGCUAGGGCCUUUUUCUGAGCUUGCUGCAUCACUGUUUUGUAUUCCAUGUAACAUGAACUCAAACCUUCAUGGUGUCAUAUAGAAUAAUAAUAGGAUGGCAGGUUGAUUUGCUGGUGAA